GAAAACUUCUUUGGGCCUCAUAAACAACCACAGAACCACAAGUUGGGUAGCCUGGCAGUGUCAGAAGUCUGAGCCCGGCAUAGUGGUCAGCAAGCAGGACGAAUCACACUGACUGCAAACCACAGGGUUUCGCAGAGUUCUGAUGAUCUCCAUCCCACAGCCAAGACGCCGCUUUUUUUUUUUUUUUAAUCUUUACCAAUUUGAAUAUUUGUCUUCGCAAAGGUAAAAGAAAUCAUUGAAUCCCCCGCCUUCAGAAGAGGGUACCUUUUCAGGAGGAAGCGAUGGCUUCAGACAGCAUAUUUGAGUCAUUUCCUUCAUACCCACAGUGCUUCAUGAGAGAAUGUGUACAUGGAAUGAAUCCAUCUAGAGACGUUCACGAUGCCAGCACGAGCCGCCGCUUCACGCCGCCUUCCACCGCGCUGAGCCCGGGCAAGAUGAGCGAGGCGCUGCCGCUGGGCGCCCCGGACGCCGGCGCCGCCCUGGCCGGCAAGCUGAGGAGCGGCGACCGCAGCAUGGUGGAGGUGCUGGCCGACCACCCGGGCGAGCUGGUGCGCACCGACAGCCCCAACUUCCUGUGCUCUGUGCUGCCCACGCACUGGCGCUGCAACAAGACCCUGCCCAUCGCUUUCAAGGUGGUGGCACUGGGGGACGUUCCAGAUGGCACUCUGGUCACUGUGAUGGCAGGCAAUGACGAAAACUACUCAGCCGAACUGAGAAAUGCAACAGCGGCCAUGAAAAACCAAGUCGCGAGAUUCAAUGACCUCAGGUUUGUCGGUCGGAGUGGAAGAGGAAAGAGCUUCACUCUGACCAUCACCGUCUUCACAAACCCACCACAAGUCGCCACCUACCACAGAGCCAUCAAAAUCACAGUGGACGGACCCCGAGAACCUCGAAGACAUCGUCAGAAACUAGAUGAUCAGACCAAGCCCGGGAGCUUGUCCUUUUCCGAGCGGCUCAGUGAACUGGAGCAGCUGCGGCGCACGGCCAUGAGGGUCAGCCCACACCAUCCGGCCCCUACACCCAACCCUCGGGCCUCCUUGAACCACUCCACUGCCUUUAACCCUCAGCCUCAGAGUCAGAUGCAGGAUACAAGGCAGAUCCAGCCGUCCCCACCAUGGUCCUACGAGCAGUCCUACCAGUACCUGGGACCCAUUGCCUCUCCUUCUGUCCACCCAGCAACACCCAUCUCGCCUGGACGGGCCAGCGGCAUGACAACCCUCUCUGCAGAGCUUUCCAGUCGGCUCUCAACAGCGCCCGACCUGACGGCCUUCGGCGACCCGCGCCAGUUUUCCGCGCUGCCCUCCAUCUCCGACCCCCGCAUGCACUACCCCGGCGCCUUCACCUACUCCCCAACUCCCGUCACGUCGGGCAUCGGCAUCGGCAUGUCGGCCAUGAGCUCGGCCACGCGCUACCACACGUACCUGCCGCCGCCCUACCCUGGCUCGUCGCAGGCGCAGGGCGGCCCGUUCCAGGCCAGCUCGCCGUCCUACCACCUGUACUACGGCGCGUCAGCCGGCUCCUACCAGUUCUCCAUGGUGGGCGGCGAGCGGUCGCCGCCGCGCAUUCUGCCGCCCUGCACCAACGCCUCCACCGGCUCGGCGCUGCUCAACCCCAGCCUCCCGAACCAGAGCGACGUGGUGGAGGCCGAGGGCAGCCACAGCAACUCCCCAACCAACAUGGCGCCCGCCGCGCGCCUCGAGGAGGCCGUCUGGCGACCCUACUGAGGCUGCGCACGCGCUCUCCGUGCGGCCGGGCGUCGUCCCGGAAGCGCCUCCUUCGGGCUCCGGCCUCGUGUGCUCGGGAAACCCGCGUGGGCCCGGCCGCCGGCCCUGGGGAGCGCGCCGCUGCCAGCCGCCGUGGUGAUCUCGCUCCGGGCGGGGCCCCGGGGCCGCCUGUGCUUCUCAAGUCCGUGCAGUUCGCAAUUGCCGUUGGCCCAUCUCAGAUUUUUCUAACCUGAUGCAACUUGAGGGUGUCCGCUUCACCACCCCGUGGACACGCUGUAAGGCAAACAGAAAGAUUCCCAGAGGGAAACUGUGAAUGCUUCUGAUUUAGCAAUGCUGUGAAUAAAAGAAAGAUUUUAUACCCUUGA